ACGGAGCUGCUUGUCCAACUCUGGGGAACCUUACUUUAAUUUAAACAAGGGCCCAGGAAUGAGCAGAACAAUAUUUUUUGAGGUUGAAAUUCUAGACUCAAAAACCAAAGAACAGCUCUGUUUUCUUGACAAGGUUGAACCCCAUUUACGCAUUGGUGACAUUAAGAGCUUGUUUCAUAAGUCAUAUCCAAAAUGGUAUCCAGCAAGACAAGCCCUGAGGCUCGACCCCAAAAAUAAAGCACUCAGAGAUGAUGACAUCCUGCAGAAUCUGCCUGCUGGGACCUCUGUGACUAUGUAUUUCAGAGACCUUGGUCCACAACUUGGAUGGACAAUGGUUUUUCUUGCAGAAUACACAGGACCCCUUCUGAUAUACCUCCUCUUCUACAUUCGUGUCCCGUACAUCUAUAACCACAAAUACAGCUUUACCUCCAGCUCCCAUCCUGUGGUCAGUUUGGCUUGCGCUUGUCAUUCAGUCCACUAUAUCAAGAGGCUAUUUGAAACAAUAUUUGUACAUCGGUUUUCUCAUGGCACGAUGCCUCUCAGAGCCAUUGUAAGAAAUUGUGUUUAUUACUGGGGUUUUGCAGCUUGGCUAGCAUACUACAUCAACCAUCCUCUCUACACACCUCCAUCAUAUGGGGAGAUACAGGUCAACUAUGCGCUAAUUAUCUUUGUGUUGUGUGAGGCAGGUAAUUUCUCCAUCCACUGGUCGUUGAACAGUUUAAAAUGUGAAGGUUCAAAAUGUCGGAGGUUCCCACAUCCAUCCAAAAACCCUUUUACAUGGCUCUUUUUCUUUGUAUCAUGCCCCAACUACACAUAUGAGGUAGGUGCUUGGGUGGGCCUGUCCAUUAUGACCCAGUGUGUUCCAGUUGCUCUCUUCACAUUUGUUGGAUUCAUUCAAAUGACUAUCUGGGCUAAAGGAAAACAUCAAAUUUACAUCAGAGAGUUUAAGGACUAUCCAAACCUCCGCAUGCCUAUCCUGCCAUUUAUUCUCUGAUUCUUACAUAUCUAUG